AUGCGUACCUCCAGCUUGGCUGCGGUCCUCUACGCCGCAACGGCCAGUGCCUUCCAGGGCUUCAACUACGGCUCUACCUUCACCGAUGGCAGCACAAAGACACAGGCCGAUUUCGAGGCCGAAUUCAAGGCUGCAGCUAGUCUCGAGGGCACCAACGGUGCUUUCACCUCAGCCCGUCUCUACACAAUGGUCCAAGGUGGAAGCACCAACGACCCUAUUGCUGCCAUCCCCGCUGCCAUUUCCACAAAGACCAGCCUGCUACUCGGUCUCUGGGCCUCUGCCGGUGACGCAGCUUUUGCAAACGAGCUCGAGGCUCUGAAGAAGACGGUGUCGCAGUACGGCAGCCAGCUCAGCGGUCUGGUUGCCGGCAUUUCCAUUGGAAGCGAGGAUCUCUACCGCCAUUCACCAACCGGCAUUGCCAAUGGCGAAUACGCUGGUGCUGAGCCCAACACGCUUGUGGGUUACUUUGAUCAAGUUCGGGAAAUCCUCAAGGGCUCGCCCCUGAGCAGCGUUUCUCUGGGCCACGUCGACACAUGGACUGCCUGGGUUAAUGGCAGCAACAAGGCAGUCAUCGAUGCUUGCGACUGGAUUGGCAUGGACGCCUACCCCUACUUCGAGGACACCAAGCCCAACGCCAUCUCUGAUAGUAAGCAGCGAUGGGCCGAGGCUCUGAGCGCGACCCAGGGUGCCGUUGGCGGCAAGCCUGUUUGGAUUGCCGAAACUGGCUGGCCUGUCAGCGGCAAGACCGUCGGCUCUGCUGUCCCUUCCCUCGAGAACGCAAAGACUUUCUGGGACGAGGUUGGCUGCCCCAUGUUUGGAAAGACCAAUGUCUGGUGGUACACUUUCCAGGACUCUUCUCCCACUACUCCCAACCCCAGCUUCGGUGUCAUUGGCUCAACCCUGACCAACAAGCCUUUGUACGACCUGUCUUGUGACAACACCACCUCCAGCUCUUCUACCGCUGCUGGCACUCCGACUGCUACCGCCACUGCCACGGGUACUGACUCCGGUUCUGGUUCUGGUGGAGCUACGACGUUGUCGACUGCUGUGCCCUCCGGCGGCUCCGGCUCCGGAUCUGGCUCCGGUGGAAGCGGCGGUGCGUCGCCGUCUGCCACCCCCGGCUCCGGCUCUGGCUCCGGUUCUGGCUCAGGAUCUGGCUCAGGAUCUGGCUCGGGCUCGGGCUCAGGCUCCGGCGGUAAUGCUACCGUGAGCGUGCCCACGUCUGCUCCUUCUUCGACUACCACCACCGUUCCUGUGAGCAGCGCUGCCGCUACUACCUUCAGCAUCGCUGUACUGGCUGGCAUGCUCGCCUUCGCAAUAAUGGACGCCCACGAGGACGACAGCGACAUCAAACUCCAAAGGAUCUCAACAGAUCUCAUUGCGGACUUUAAUCGAUCUCUUCCUCUCUUCCUACGAAAAUCGGACGGCCACACUCUCCGCAGCCGCGUACGGACCUCAGAAACAGCCCGUCUGGCGUCCAGCUUGCUCGACCCCUUCCAAGAGCUUCCUCAACUGCUGGAUCCUCAUCUUCCCACAUGGCUUCCGCUUCUAGCAGCAACCUACCUCGCCCACCUCAACAUCCGGAAUCGUAAUCGUCCCAAACAACUCUCGACUCGCUCCCAGCUGCUCGAGCCCCUGAAUGUCGCCAUUGCUAAGCUGCUCUACACGUUCACCAAGAUCCGUGGCGAGAAAGUCGUUGUUCGCUUCCUCAACGUCGAGACCCGCUAUAUUGAGCCUCUCCUCUCGGCACUCGAGUCUGCGGAGCGCUCCAGGUCGCCUCAGGCCUCCCGUCCCUCGCUUAGUCCUGUAUCCCCCCAGUCCAACACUCAGCAAUGGUCCUGGGAGGAGCGCUAUUUAGUUCUUCUAUGGCUGUCGCAUCUUCUUCUCGCCCCCUUCGACCUUUCCACCAUCUCCUCCGCCGCGGCAGACGAACAAAUCACCCUCCCUUCCAUCCUAAACUUCACCUGGCCGUCUGACCUGCCCGGGAUCACAGUCCGCAUACUCCCAGUGGCAAUCAAGUAUCUCGCCUCUCCUGGCAAAGAACGCGAUGGUGCCCGCGCUCUUCUCGUCCGCAUCGCCAUGCGCCGCGACAUGCAGUCCCAGGGCGUCUUGACCGCCCUCGUCAACUGGGCCCUCGCCUCCCUCAACCCAUCCCCGGAUACCCCGCCGCAACCACCGUACUUUUACAUCGGCGUGCUAUCCUUCCUGGCCGGCGUUUUGAGAUCCUCCAUAAAUACGUCCGACAUGGACGCCCAUCUCUCCUCCAUCUUCCGCGCCGCUCACGCAGUUGCCUCCUCCGAGGUCGAAGAGACACCCGUCUCGGCGGCGAUCCGCUCUGUCGCGGUGGCUCGCAAAAUGCUGAUCAAGGUCAUCCGCUCCGUCACCGUCCUCCUCCUCCGCAAGUCCCCGCCGGACCCAGACAGCGCGGAGCUCAUCGAGAGGUCCAUCGGCUACUUCCUGGAGUGCCUCGCUGACAACGAUACACCCGUUCGGUUGGCUGCUUCCAAAGCGCUCAGCAUUGUCACUCUCAGACUCGACCCCGAGAUGGCUUCCCAGGUAGUCGACGCCGUUCUCGACUCGUUGAACCGCAACGUCCUCUGGACCAAGGAGCCAGGAAAUCCCAACGGACUUAAGACACGCGACCUUGCAGCCGUGGAUCCCUUGGAAUGGCACGGUCUGACGUUGACCCUCUCGCAUCUGCUGUACCGCCGCUCCCCACCAGCGAGCCAGCUCCCAGACAUCGUUCACGGCCUGCUCCUCGGCCUCUCCUUUGAGAAGCGCAGCACAUCAGGCGGCUCCGUGGGGACCAACGUCCGCGAUGCAGCAUGCUUCGGCAUCUGGGCCCUGGCCCGACGGUACACUACCGCGGAACUCCUGGAAGUUCCCACAGCAGCCGUCGUCGCCGCCAGACCUCACAGCCGGGACGCCUCCAUCCUACAAGUCCUCGCCACGGAGCUGGUCGUCACUGCCUCGCUCGACUCUGCAGGCAACAUCCGACGCGGUGCUUCGGCUGCGCUGCAGGAACUCAUCGGACGACACCCCGACACGGUGGAGAAGGGCAUCUGGGUUGUGCAGACGGUCGAUUACCACGCCGUCGCCCUACGAUCGCGCGCCAUUCACGAAGUAGCCCUCAACGCAACGAGGCUCUCGCCCCAAUACGGCGCGGCCCUCUUGGACGGUCUCCUCGGCUGGCGAGGAAUAGGCGACGCAGACGCCGCUUCGCGUCGUGUCGCUGGCGCUUCGUUUGGCACUCUUACGCUGGAACUCUCCCAGAAGGACUCGCCCGACGCCGCGGCUCAGUUCACGGCUUCGAUCGACAGGAUCCUCGCCCGUCUUCGCGCUCUGCAGACCAGACAAGUCGACGAGCGCCACGGACUCUUACUUUGUCUCGCGUCCGUACUGGACAAGUUCCCUGAUCUGCUAGCUACCAAGUCGGAUGGCACUGUCACGGAUCUCACACAGCGCAUCAUUCAAAAUCUAGAGACAAUCUUGGGAGACUUUCAGAAAACAACCUACCGCCGGCCGGAACUAGUCGCCGAAGCCUCCAGCCGCCUCAUUACCUCCUCACUCCCCAUCCUGCAGACGGCCACACUCUCCUCGAACGCACAGUCGGCUCUCCAACCAGGCUACACAGUUGUCUCAACCGCAAACACCCAAUCACUCCUCAACGUCAUGGCAUCAAUCGACGCUCUCCCUUCGAUCCCCUCAUCCAUAACCAGUCUCGUCUCGACCUUUGGCCCCGUCAUCGCCGCAGGCCUCUCCCGCCCCGAGAAGGAAGCCGUCUCCGCCUCCUCCGAAGCAGCCCUCAUCCAUCUCCUUUUCUCCCCGCCCGACUCCCGCAGGACCAUGAUACAGGAAUGGGCCUCCGCAGUGCGUCACCGCCCGACCUCCCGCACCGCAAACGACACGGGCGUGCUCUCCGCCCUCACAAUGGCGUACCCCAUCACCAGCACGUUUAGCAGCCAAGAGGGAGACGUCGUCUGCGACACGGUCCUCGCGCGGUGGGCGGGCGACAACGACAUCGACACGCGCGUCGCGAUCCUCCAGAGUCUGUCGCAGAGCGUCCUGCUCCGCGAACGCGCCCCAGUCUUCCUGGACCUCCUGGCCGAGGGCCUCAACGACUACACGACAAACGCCCGUGGCGACGUCGGUUCCCACGUCCGGCUCGAGGCUCUCCGCGCCACAAAGUCCCUCUGGAAGCUCGCCUUCGCGCCAGAAACCACUGAGGUCGAAUGGCUGCCGGAGGCAGUAUCCAAACUCUUCCUCCGCAUCCUCCGCCUCGCGGCCGAGAAGCUGGACCGCGUCCGCACGGAAGCCCACGCCGUCCUGGCCCUGACCCUCAACCCAUCCUUCGCCCCGACCUUCACGCAGCAGACCUUCUCCUCACGGGAGUACUUCCACACCCUCCUGACGCUCCGCACCUCGUCGUCCUCCUCCAACCUUCUCCACCCCAAACUCGCCCGCCCCGACGAGGAGGCCUGGAUGUCGGAGCUCCUCGCCGGCUGCGUCACCUCCGCCGACACAGGCAACGAAGACCUCGUCAUCGCCUCCCGCGCCGCCCUCGCCUCCUUCUGCGCCGCCUCGGCGGCCGCCCUGUCGUCCGUCUGCGGCGCCCUCGUCGCGAACCUCAAGGCGCGCCAGGGCCUAGCAGCCGCCGACCGCGUCGUCGUCCCGACGCUCGAGAUCAUCGCGUUCCUGUGCCACGUCGGCCUCUUCCAGAGGUGCGCCGGGGUGCUGGUCGGCCUGCGCUCGCUGUGCCUGCAGGUCCAGCGCGUGGGCUACAAGACGGGCAACAUGCGCAAGCUCGAGGCGUGCAUCAAGGUGUACGGGUGCGUGGCCGGCUUUGACGACACGGACGCGGAUCCGGAGGUAGCGGAGGGUGUCAGGGACGGGGUCGCGGAGGCUAGGAAGAGGCUUGGGGCGCUCAUGUUCCACCCCUGGCCCAGGGUACGCAGCCAGGUUGUUGACGAGCUGUGGAAGCUGUUUGGAGAGGAAGAAGGUGGCGGUGGUCGGGCGGAAGAGUUGAAGAGCGUGGACUGGAGCAAGGCCGAAAAGGGGUCCAUCAAGCGCGUUGUCGAGCGGCUUGGCUUGGCCCAGGCCGGAUAG